UCUCUCUCUCCUUUUUUGUUUUUGUUCCCCCUCCCGCACCCGAAAAAUGUCAUGAGGUGACUUUCACUUAACUACAAAUAUUUAGAUAUUUUUGUGGGCUGUUUUCUUCUUCCCCUUUGAGCAUGAGCCAAUAGCCACAUGCUGCCUCCUUUCACAGCAAAGAGCUGCCUUAAGGGAGGAUCGUUACAGAGGGUUUCUUAAACGACCAAAGAAAAUGCAAAUAGUCUGUGUGCUCUUAGCAUACGCUCUGGUUUAACCAGCUUGGUACCGAAGCCAGCCCCAGACAGAUCUGUGAAGAAAAUACUGAACUUAAGACUUCCCCAAAAUCUUUCACUUACUUCUAAGGGUGAAAACAGUGAGCAGAUCCGGUGUGUCAAGUUGGAGACUUAAAAAACUGUAGGUUUCAAGGUGACACCUCUCAGGCAGAGCCUAUGGAUACCACAGGAAAUAUGACCGCAUUGCCUGGCGGCAACUUGACAUGCCUUUUGACCAUUGACGACUUCCGAAAUAAAGUGUACUCCACAUUGUACUCCAUGAUUGCGAUUCUGGGCUUUGUUGGAAACGGCUUUGUACUGUGUGUCCUCAUAAAAACGUACCAGCAGAAGACAGCCUUCCAGAUCUACAUGCUGAAUCUUGCAGUGUCAGACCUCCUCUGUGUAUGCACCCUGCCUCUUCGAGUAGUGUAUUACGUUCACAGAGGCAACUGGUUCUUUGGUGACUUCUUAUGCAGAGUUAGUUCCUAUGCAUUCUAUGUCAACCUGUACUGUAGCAUUUUAUUCAUGACAGCCAUGAGCUUCUCUCGCUGCAUAGCCAUAGUUUUCCCCGUCCAGAAUCUCAAUUUGGUAACUGAGAAAAAGUCCAAACUGGCAUGUAUGAGCAUUUGGAUUUUUGUCACACUGACAAGUUCUCCAUUUUUACUGAGUGGGUCUUACCAAGAAGGUAACAAGACAAAGUGCUUUGAACCUCCAAAAAGCAGUCAGAUGACCAGCCUGCUGGUCCUACAUUAUAUUUCGCUGUUUGUAGGCUUCAUUAUCCCCUUUAGUGUCAUAACUAUCUGUUAUGCCAUGAUCAUAAAGACCUUACUGAAGAAUUCACUGAAGAAGAAUCAGUCUACUCGUAAGAAGGCCAUCUGGAUGAUAAUCAUUGUAACAGCUGCCUUCCUGGUCAGCUUCACACCUUACCAUAUUCAGCGCACAAUCCACCUUCACUUCCUGAAGAGGAAAGACUCCAGCUGUGAAGACAUCCUUUUCAUGCAGAAAUUAGUAGUGAUAACCCUAUCCUUGGCAGCUUCAAACUGCUGCUUUGACCCACUCCUGUAUUUCUUUUCAGGGGGCAACUUUCGGAGGAGACUUUCCACAUUUAGAAAGGCUUCCUCCUCCAGUGUGAUACAGGGACCCAGGAAAAAGUUAUCAUUAAAGGAGAAAGACGACGAGCCAUUUCAAGAAAGCCAUAAAUAAGCUGGAUGUGCAGUGUAGCUGUGCUUCCUUUGUAAGGCUUUUUGUGUGGCACUGCAGUAGAAAUAAGCUCACAGUGGGACACCAGUGAUUGCAGAACUGUUUCAGGAGAACUGAACAAAACAAAUGCAUCUUCGUCAAAGUUAAAUAGAGACAAAAAUCCAAAGGGACCUGCUUCUACUCAGACCUUUCUGACCAGACACCCCUCUGCCUGCCAUUGAGGGGUUUAUUUGAUCGUGCUGUGGAGCAUUCUGAGGAUAAUUUUAAAUUCCAAGAGACUCAAAGCAAAAAGGACUGAAAUGUGAAUGGAUAUUCUGAAAACGUGCUCAGAGGCAUGUACAGUUCCCGCCCCCGCCCCCUCUUCCCCCGACUUAAGAAGUUACAGCAGAGCAGCAGGAAAACAUUUGCGUGCUGGUAAAUUCAUGCAGACAAACUCUUCAGAUCCUACAUAAGGUCAUGAGGCAACUCUACAAAGACCAUUAGUCACUGAGCCAGUGGGAAAUGUAAAUAUUUGCCAUGAUAGAAGUUGAUGAAGCUUAUGCAAAGGGGGAGGGGGAAGAGAGGAGGAGAGUACACACUGAAUCCCAAAACAGACACUGAUUUCACAGGAAAAUGUCUUCCCUAUUCCCAGUUAUUUAUUGCCUGGGCUUUUAACUUUCAGUGGCAUAGAUUGUCACCACCUAAUAGAGAAGAGCGUGUGCACAGAUGACUUUAAGCCACCUUUACACUCCUCCAGUUGUGGGCCGGUUGUGUGGCAGGCCCAUCUUCUGGUGUAAUUUAGAGCAGACUAAGGACUGUUCUAACUUGUACUAGCUACUAAACACCCCAAGGAACUGAUCCUGCAGCCUGGGAUUAGGGAAGCCCUAGCCAUGAAGGGGGUGGCAUAGGAGCUACUACACUGGCUCUGCAUCACCAGAUGAUCACCCUACACAGAAGUAAUCCUCAUGUGACCAUUAAAGCUAGCUUUAUGUCCACUAUACACUGGCAGUGCAGCACAAAGAGCCACACCACACUAGAGGAUCUGAGCCUAUACCUUCCCACAUAGGAACUGUAUUUGUCCCUCCCUCCGCCCCCAUACAUUUCCUGUAAUUUGAGUUCCCAUUUCCAAAUAUAUUGCAACACACUAGUUCAGUUCACAGCUACAAGAUCUUUGAAUGGCUUUCUGUCUGUCUGAAUUUUACAAGUAAAUCCUGAGAUAUAGUUCUGGUAUGUGCCUCCCAAACAAACACUUUGGCCCCAGUCCUGCACCAAUUGAACCCUAAAAACAUGAGUAGUCUCCUUGACGCCAGUGGCUGCUUACAUACAAAAUGGAAAAAGACUGCCUAAGAAGGAGUACUGCAGAAAGGGAUCUAGGGGUCAUAGUGGAUCACAGGCUAAAUAUGGGUCAACAGUGUAGUUGCAAAAAUAGCAAACCUCAUUCUGGGAUGUAUUUGCAGGAGUGUUCUAAGCAAGAUGCAUAAGUAAUUCUUCCGCUCUAGUCCACGCUGAGUUAGGCCUCAGCUGGAGUAUUGUCUCCAGUGCUGGGCGCCACAUUUCAGGAAAGAUGUGGACAAAUUGGAGGAAGUCCAGACAAGAGCAAUAAAAAUGAAUAAAGGUCUAUAAAACAUGAGCUAUGACGGACAAUUGAAAAAAUUGGGUUUGUUUAGUCUGGAAAAGUGAAGACUGAGGGGGGACAUGAUAACAGUUUUCAAAUACAUAAGAGUUUGUUACAAGAAGAACGGAGAAAAAUUGUUCUCCUUGACCUCUGAGGAUAGGACAAGAAGCAAUGAGCUUAAAUUGCAGCAAGGGAGGUUUAGGAUGGACAUUAGAAAAAACUUCCUAACUGUCAGAGUAGUUAAGCACUGGAAUACAUUGCCUAAGGAGGGUGUUGAAUCUCCAUCUAAGAACAGAUUAGACAAACACCUGUCAGGUGUUUAAAUAAUACUUAGUCCUGUCAUGAGUGCAAGGGAUUGGACUAGAUGACCUCUCAAGGUCCCUUCCAGUCCUAUGAUUCUAUGAAAAUUAAGCCAUGCAUCAAUCAGGCUUUGAGGGGGGUGGGGUGGCAGUAGGGGUGGGGGUGGGGAGGUGGAAAGGUAUAUUUAAAAUUCAAGAUACAGAGUUGAACCCCACCCACCUUCCCACCCCAGCUCCUCUUUGAAGUGUUUUCCACCAUAAAGUGGCAUUGUAAAAGAGGGCUGAACAGAGCGGGGCUAUUCUAAGUUGCCUAUGUAGCUUUGGAAGCAUUCCUGGAAGUAAUAUUAAACAGCAGUGAGUCAUCAGGUACAUUUUCCACAUUGUAUUUUUGCUCAGUUAUUAGAGGCUGGGAGGAUGAGCACCAAACUCCACAUUUCCUCUUUCAGCUCCCAUGUCUUCCCUUAUCCACGACAUUUCCCAGCCUUCAAAUGAAUGCUGAUUAGCAGGAGGACUUUCUGGCUUCCUCUGACCAUAGGCAGGUUUCCAGUAAUGUAGUAUUUUUGGUUGGCACUGUUUUCUCCUGCCACUCCACUCUAUUCUGACCACACAGCACAUGUUGGUCUCAAGCUGAAUUUUGCCUGCUCAAGGCAUGGAAGCAUGAGAGACUGUCUCUCCUUUCUUUCUUUGGGUUCCUGUCAGCUACAGAAGCUUUCCGAAAUCUACCCAAAAAAACCCCACAAUCAAAAUAGAACAGAAAUAUCAAUAGGAGUUGAAAUGCCGAGACUACUGCUGUCCGAGACUUAAGCAGUAAAAUACACACUGGAGGGGCGCCAUGUUAAAAUUCUGCCACCAAACUCCAGAGAGGCUUGGAGUGCUUUCCCUUGCCUCAGGGGCAAUGCACACACUCGCUGAAUAACCUUAAAUCAUCGCCACCCACAAAUGACUUAUCCCUGAGCCUCGGGGCUUGUCUAGAUGAACAGUUAGUGUGCAGUAAGCUGGGGUAUAAAUCUACAGUCCCCUAACUGUCCAUGUGGACUCUGCUACCAUGCCCUAAAAGUUCCCCAGUGUGCUUUGAUCUAUUCUACUUUGAAUUGGAAGUAGGUCAGACAGCUACAGUGUAAGCCUGGUUCUGUUGCAAAUUUGCAGUCAACGGGACAUUUGCUAGUGACUUGGAUAGGAUUUCACCAAUAACUGUGAAAAGAAAACGUUUUGCCAAAUGAUACUACCACCUUUCUGGAUCAUAGAGAUGAGAAAAUGUUUUUGGUUAAAAGGGAAAACUAAUGAAUAGAUUCUGCAGUCCCUCCUACCCUUCACUCCAAGCUCACUAGCCGAGUACACAAUAUUUACCACAGUCCCAGAGAAAGCUGCUUAUUAAAAUAUUGUCAGCACAUUGCAUGCCUGCAGGUUGGUGAAUUAGGCAGUCCCAAAGCUAGAAGCAUUCUGUGCUGGAAUGUUUAUUCCAGACUAAGAAUUGGAUCCCAGAUUAAGUACAUUGAAUGUACCUUGAGAACCUAUGAAAAACAUUGUACUGUAAGGAAGUUCCUUGACUAGGCAGAAAAGAAGAUUAUAGGAGAGACUGCCUCUCCAGACACAACCGCUGUUCCUCUUUGUGCUCCCACUGGGGAGGCCUUUGUAAGCAAGGAGAGCCCGAACAGCCAGUAGCUGAACUGCAGUUACUGCGCCCCAAUUAGCCCCUUAUAAAACUGGACCCAGCUGCUCUCUGUUUCAUAGCUGACUAGUCUCACCUCACUUUCUUGCUUUAUGUGUAACUUCCUUUUUUGCUGGGUCAAGGAAAGUGGCAAUACACUCCAGGACUAGAGGAACCAAGUCCCAGAGGAACCAAACUAAAGGACAUCAGGUCUGUUUUCUGCUUGAUUUAUAGGUCUGAUACACACAGAUAUCCCAGCCUACAGAAAUCUGUUUGCUUUUAAUUCACCAUGGAAACUUUUGUUUCCGAUUAUACUAACUUCUGUUUGUGCUGCCAUUGUGAAUAUAAACUUACAGUGUUACACCUUUCCAAAUAAAACAAACCUAUUUAUAAAUCGUAUCAGCGCAAAUAGAAGUUAAAGCGUAACUUAAGGUAGCGCUACCUGUCAUAAAUGCUCACAUAAUAAAAAGCUUUGAAAUGUGGCUCACUCUAUAGGCUUUAUUUCAAUGGGACUAGUCCUGUAAAUAAUUGUGGUAACAUAAUGCUCCGUGUUCCUGAGCCUGCAAUGAUCUCUGCAUUGAGGCAGAGAUCCAGACACUCAGCGCUCACUGAAGGAGCAGCACCUAUCUUUGGGCAGUGUAUGAGGCUAUACAGUGAUUUUUAAUUAAAAAAAGAAAAAAAUGGCACCCCGCUCCCCAAAAAGGGGUGAUUCCUGACUGCACAUCUUGCUUACAUACUGUGGAAAAGAUAAAACCCAAGACAUCUGGAAAGAUCUUCAAGGAAAACUACACAAGAAAGAAAAAGAAGAAAAAAGACAGAAGAAGGUUUACUAUACUUAAGGUAAAACAUGACGGCGUCUUGUUAGAGAACAGUACAGAUGAAGGCUAGGCACAUUGUUACCUUAAAAGAUAAAUUGGGGGCAGAUUUUUGUCAUUCAUCCUAUAUCUAAGAAAGCACCUUUGUGUUUUUUAACCAAGAAGGAAGGCCAAGUGCUCUGAACAGUUACAACGAGGAGUCCAGUGACACCUUAAAGACUAACUGAUUUAUUUGGGCAUAAGCUUUCAUGGGUAAAAAACCCACUUCUUCAGAUGCAUGGAAACAAAAAACAGUCUCCCUUUCUCUGGAAUGCUGCAGACACUGGACCAAGGGCCCUUGGCAUACUAGGAAAGACAUAUAGACUCUUGUAAGAGUGAGCAUCUUAUCUAGAAAACAAGUAGUUAAAGCUUGUUUAACAAGUAGUUAAAUCAUUGAGUUUUGUGGUCUUAAUGUAGUCUGACAUCUUUCUGUAUAAAGGAAAUUACUUUAAUAUUGUAAAUUAAGAGUGGUCUAAAUUGUUGUGUUCUGAAGAACGUGUUCUUUAGGUGUGAUGUAAAGUGUUACAGGUGUGUCUCAGGCUAUUUAUAUGGUGUUGUCGGUGGUGUCGUUGUAUAAGUGUGUUUGCACUGACCUAUUUCAAGAGUGUGUUUCAAAAUACGUAUUAAAUACUAUAGCUAUAUCUAAUGAAAAAUGUUCCAUGCAAUGUAUUGUACCGUAAAGAUUUAUGUAUAACAUUACUUAUUUCAUUGUUCUGUCUUUGAUGACACAAUACGAAUAGUAAGAAAAGGUACAUCAGCCUGUUUUUGUAUAAGAGGGAAGGUUUUUGUACUUACAAAACAAUUCCAGACACAAUUAAAAGAAAAUGAUGCAAGUUAUAA